AUGCCGCCCUCCGUUCCCCGAGACCAGGGCGACCUCGACCUCCUCGAGUCCGGCUUCUUCAGCGACGUCGUCGUCAAGUGCAAGGACAGGGAAUGGAAGCUCCACAAGAUCAUCCUCUACCGGCGGUCCGAGUAUUUCAAGAAGGCUCUGACGGGUGGUUACUCUGAGGCCCGUACCGGCAUCAUUGAGAUCAAGGAGCAAGAGCCGGAGGAUGUAGACCAGAUCAUUCGCUACCUCUACACUGGACGACGUACCAUCGAGCCUUCCGACGAGGCAGGGUUGUUCAUGAAGCUCAAGGGCCUCUACAUGUCAGCCGAAUUCUUCAUGCUCCAGGAGGUCCACAUCGAGGACCGGUACAGACAAGCAACGAAGGGCUUGUACGAUGAAGACAAUUUCAUGGACGACGCAAAGGCUGAUGAUUUCUUUGACGCUGUCCAGAAAGCACAAGCUCUGCCCAACAACGAUCAGCUGUGGCGGAUGUAUGUGCAGCUCGUAGUGGACGCGCAGUGGAUCGUGCAGGAUAUCAGUUUCGCAGCACACGCCACGCGCAUUGCGAAGUUCGCCGUCGAGGUACUCAAGAGUAUUGCAGUCCCGGAACUGCCGAUUGCGUGUUCGGGCUGUGGCCUCAUGGUUCAGAAUUGCGUUGGCCUCAGUCAGUGCGAUAAUGGCGCUGGCAGUCGAACGAUCAUUACGGUGGACUCUUCUGACUCCGACUCCGACUCUGACUCUGACACCAAAACUGAGGUUUAG